CCUCACUCACGCACUCUUUCUUUCUUCAAAGUCCACCUAUUUUCCCUCAAUUCUCGAAAAGCCCUCUUUUCCUCCCCUCAAUUUAAACCCCCAGACCCCAGAGGCAUAAUCAUGCCGGCGGCAGCAUCCGAUUCUGAUCUGGUUCUACACGUUAUUCGAUCGAUCCAAUCGUCUCCCCCCACCUGGCAAUCCUCAUUUCUCAGCAACAUCUUCAUCUUCCUUCUUGGCUCCCCGCUUCUCGUCUCCGGCCUCUCGCUCUCCGGCAUUGCUGCCGCCUUCUUCCUUGGCACUCUCACAUGGCGCGCUUUCGGCUCUUCCGGUUUCCUUCUCGUCGCCACUUACUACCUCCUUGGCACAGCAGCAACAAAAGUGAAGUUGGCGCAGAAGGAGGCGCAUGGGGUUGCUGAGAAGAGGAGAGGAAGGAGGGGGCCGAGUAGUGUCAUCGGAUCAAGCGCUGCCGGCUGUGUCUGUGCUCUUCUCUCCAUCUAUGGAUUCGAGGGAGGGGCGUUUGCUCGUCUCUGGGAGCUUGGCUUUGUGGCCAGUUUCUGCACUAAACUCAAUGACACUGUUUCGAGUGAGAUAGGGAAAGCUUAUGCCCAAACGACUUAUUUGGUGACGACGUUUAAGACAGUCCCCAGGGGGACAGAAGGUGCCAUUAGCAUUGAGGGAACUGUUGCUGGACUUUGUGCUUCGAUCUUUCUUGCUUCUGUUGGUUUUUUGAUGGCUGAGAUAAAUGUGACCGAAUGCAUCAUAUGCGUCAUUGCUUCCCAGAUUGCUAAUGUAGGGGAGAGUAUAAUUGGUGCCUCACUUCAAGAGAAAGAAGGGUUUAAAUGGCUCAACAAUGACGUGGCCAACAUCAUCAACAUAUCACUGGGCAGCAGCUUGGCCGUCCUUAUGCAGCAACAAGUGCUCCGGAAUCGAACUUCAUAACACGAUUCGUCUCGAUGCUAGCCAUCCAAUCGAGCUCUCCACUGUUAGGAAAUGGUUUUAAUGCACUGAGGUUUUAAAAAUGUAGUCCUCUGACAUAGAGCAUAGUAUAACUAUAUUCUUUUAUUACCUUUAUACAAAUUUACCACAGUAAGUUUCUUAA